UAAUUAAGAUCUUUCCAAGUUUAUAAAAAAUAUGAAGUUGAAUGGGAAAUGUCCCCUGAACUAGACUCUCUGCUUAUAAUAGUAUGAUUGAGCUAAAUUAUAACUUGGAAUAUUAAAGUGAAACUCACAAUGCAAUACCACUUUUAAAUUAAAAACGCAUACUAUAAAUUAUUAUACUUUUAUUUAUGUUGUUUUUUAAAAGUAUAUAAUUUCAACUUAGAAGAGCAUGACAGUCUAAGACCAACCUUAUUAACUAAAUUGAAAAUAACACAGUAAUUGUACAAAUUGAUAAAAAAGCCAUCUCAAUGCCGAAAGUUGUUGCUUUUCUUUACCCCAACAUACACUGAAAUCACACCCAAACCCAACAUUUCUCUCAUUUUUAUUUCCAUUUUCUCCCAUGCAAGCAAGUUGAACAUAAUCUUCUCACCCAACUUAUGAUAGCCAGCUUAUAUUUAUUCAAACACAAUGCUUAAUUGAGAAAAUAAUUAAUUAGAUUCCCUUUUUUUCAUGAGGGAUCAUGGAUAGCAAAACAGAGGCUGUCACUGGCAGCAUUAAUUAUUCCGGCCAAACACCACCACCGGAGCCUGGCGGCAGCGGCCACCAGCCAAUCAGCUCCGAUCAUCAUCACAGCCGUUAUUUUUUCAAUCGACUCCUUAAAGUUUUGUUGCUUUUCACAAUGAUCACUUUAGCAUACUUAGUCGUUUUUCAAACACCGGCAAGCCCUUUCCAGUUUUUCCCAACAUCUAUCUACUCAUCUUUUAGCACCCCUGCUAAUGAAAAAGAGGUAGGUUUGGGGAAAGUACUAGAGAAGGCAGCCAUGGAAGACAAGACAGUGAUCAUAACAACCUUAAACGAAGCAUGGAUCGAGCCAGGCUCGAUUUUCGAUCUCUUUCUGGAGAGCUUCAGAAUUGGGAAUCACACACUUUGGCUCCUCAAGCAUUUGGUAGUUGUAGCUUUAGAUCAGAAAGCAUUUCAUCACUGCUUAAGGACAACAAAUGAUCUCCAUUGCUAUUUUCUCACAACAAAAGGCGUAAACUUCUCGAACGAGGCUCAUUUCAUGACUCCAGAUUACUUGAAGAUGAUGUGGACAAGGAUAGAUUUCCUCACAACUGUUCUCCAGAUGGGAUACAAUUUCGUUUUCACCGAUGCAGACAUAAUGUGGCUAAGAAAUCCAUUCCCACAUUUCUACACGGACACGAACUUCCAAAUCUCGUGCGAUAGUUUUGGCGGGAACUCGACCGACUUGCAAAAUGCACCAAACGGAGGUUUUAAUUAUGUGAAAUCGGGAGUUCAAACUAUAAAGUUCUAUAAAUUCUGGUAUGAGUCGAGGAAAAAGUAUUCGGGCAAACACGACCAAGAUGUGCUCAACAAGAUAAAGUUCGACCCAUUUGUUAAGGGCAUUGGACUAAAGAUCAAGUUUUUGGACACGGUUUAUUUCGGGGGAUUUUGCCAGCCGAGCAAGGACUUGAACCUCGUGUGCACGAUGCACGCGAAUUGCUGUGCUGGCUUGGAUAAUAAGAUUCACGAUCUCAGGAUUUUGCUCGAUGAUUGGAAAAAUUAUACGUCUUUGCAGGAAGAUGUAAGGAAAAGAAAGUCGCAUUCGUGGUCUGUACCACAAUCUUGCGGACCACGUUCCUUUCAUCAUCAUAGCCCCAGGAAGAGGAAUGGAAGCAGAAGGAAAUAA